CCUAAUCAAACGCAAAAGACAGAAAAGAAAAAGAAAAAGUUACUAAUUCCAAUGGAGAUACAAUCAAGAAUUGAGGUGAGUUAGUGAAUCUAUACAUGAUCAUGCAAAUCCAAGAUGGUCCAGAUUAAUACAACCAGAAGCAUUCAUCUUCUCUUUCAUACAGGAAAGUAUUUUCCCUCAUUUUCUCGUUACUCUGUUUCUCCCAUUUUCUUUCACUUUCUCUCAAAUUUUCUUACCCAUUUCUCAAUCCCUUCAAAGGGUAUUCCCCAUUAGCUAUGAUCUUCAAUACCCAUGACUUUUUCUCUCUAAUUCUCUCUUCUUUCUUCAUUAUCACCGUCCACUCAUCAAGAAACACCUCUCUAUCAAACUCCGAUUCGUUUGUAUUGUCUUGCGGUGGUGGUUCAGCCACCGAUGCCGACGGCCGGAACUGGGUUCCAGAUUCCAAAUUCCUCACUUCCUCAAAGAAUUCAAUGACUGCCACAGCUCAAUCUCAAGACCCUUCACUACCUUCAACAAUUCCAUACAUGAAUGCUAGAAUUUUCACAUCUGAAUCCACCUACAAAUUCUCUGUUUCUUCGAAGAACCGCCAUUGGAUUCGACUCCAUUUCUACCCAACUUCUUACAAUGAUUUCAAUUCCUCAUACUCAUACUUCUCUGUAACCGCCAAUGGCUUCACGCUUCUGAAAAAUUUUAGUGCUUCAAUCACAUCCCAAGCCCUAACACAGGCCUAUAUCAUCAGAGAAUUCUCUCUCACCCCAAUCCAUUCUGGCUCUCUCAACCUCACUUUCACUCCUUCAAUACCCAAUAGUUCAUUAGCCUUUGUAAAUGGAAUUGAAGUCAUUUCCAUGCCGGAAAUUUUUCAAUCCAUCACUAUGGUUGAGUUUUCAGACACCUCUAUAGAAGUAGAGGACUCUGUUUUGCAGACAAUGUUUAGGCUAAAUGUCGGUGGACAGUACAUUCCAGCGACUAAUGACUCGGGGCUUAGCCGAACAUGGUACGAUGAUUCACCAUACCUAUUCGGUGCAGCCCUCGGUGUGACUUCUGAGGCUGACAAGAAUGUCACAAUUCAAUAUCCUGACAAUUUACCGAAGUACAUUGCCCCGGUUGAUGUGUACAGUACAGCGCGAACGAUGGGUCCAAACCCGAAAAUCAAUCUGGAUUACAAUCUGACUUGGGUUUUGCAAGUUGAUCCCAAUUUUACUUACGUUGCGAGGCUUCAUUUCUGUGAGUUUGAGAUUUCAAAGAUUAAUGAGAGGGUGUUUGAUAUUUUCAUCAACAACCAGACAGCACAAGAGUCUGCAGAUGUGAUGGCAUGGGCAGAUUCGAAGCAGGGAGUGCCAGUUUACAAGGAUUUCGCGAUAUAUGUGUGUGAUGAUCUGAAUGGCAACGGCAAUGAAUUGUGGGUGGCCUUGCACCCUUCUGUGUCCAUGAAGCCCGAAUUCUACGAUGCAAUUCUCAAUGGGUUGGAGAUUUUUAAGGUUAAUGACACAAAUGGGAACUUGGCAGGCCCAAAUCCUGUGCCAUCAACGCUGCAAGGAAAGGCCGGGCCUGAGCAAGAGCGGAGGAGUUUUGGGUCAUCACUAUCCAAUAAACGUGCCACAGUGAUUGGUGGGGUCGCCGGAGGGGUGGCUGGUUUUGGUCUAGUUGCUGUAAUGAUUGUUUUUAUCAAACACAAGAAGCGCAAAGCGGGCGGAAGCAAGUCUACCUCUUUGAGUUGGUUGCCAAUUUAUGGUAGCAUGCGGUCAGGAACCACCACGUCAGGAAUCUUUGCAAAGGGCGGUGGUGGUAAUAGCUGCAUUUCAACGCUUGGCUUUGGCCUAUGUCGACAUUUCUCAUUAGGAGAGAUAAAACUUGCCACCAACAACUUUGAUGAGUCUCAAAUCAUUGGACUUGGAGGGUUUGGAAAGGUGUAUAGAGGGAUUAUAGAUGGGGGGACCAAAGUUGCAAUUAAGAGGUCAAUCCCAUGUUCAGAACAAGGUGUUCACGAGUUCCAAACAGAAAUUGACUUGCUUUCAAAGCUUAGACAUAGGCAUUUGGUGUCCCUGAUUGGGGCUUGUGAAGAGGGAGAUGAGAUGAUCUUGAUUUAUGAUUACAUGGCUAAUGGGACUCUAAGAGAGCAUCUCUAUAAUACCAACAGACCUCCUUUGUCAUGGAACCAGAGGUUGGAGAUUUGCAUUGGCACUGCACGGGGACUACACUAUCUUCACACUGGUGCCAAGCACACCAUCAUUCACCGGGAUGUGAAAGCCACAAACAUUCUUUUGGAUGAGAAAUUGGUUGCAAAAGUUUCAGAUUUCGGUCUCUCCAAAAUUGGUCCUACUCUUAGCCAAACCCAUGUUAGUACUGUAGUGAAAGGUAGUUUCGGGUACUUGGAUCCAGAGUACUUCCGAAGGCAACAGUUGACAGAAAAGUCCGAUGUGUACUCAUUUGGGGUAGUCCUUUUUGAAGUGUUGUGUGCGAGGCCAGUACUUAAUUCUAGCCUUCCUAGGGAACAAGUUAGUCUUGCAGAUUGGGCACUAAGUUGCCAUAAAAAGGGAACUUUGGGUAGCAUCAUUGAUCAACAUAUUAAGGGAGAGAUCAAUCCAGAUUGCUUGAACAAUUUUGUGGAAAUAGCUGUGAAGAGCUUGUCUAACAGGGGGAUAGACCGGCCUUCGAUGGGUUCAGUUCUAUGGAAUCUUGAGUAUGCACUGCAGUUGCAGAGUAAUCCUGAUGGACCAAAAGUGGUGGCGGAACAGAAGGCAAACGAUGCGUUCAUUUUGCAUACGACAUUGUUGAGCAUUGAAGAGCAGGGUGAGGAGGAAACAGACAAUAGCAGCAAUGAAAUCUUCAGAAAGAUAGUGAAUCCACAGGGAGGAAGUAUGUGUUAAUUAUUUAGUAAACAGUUAGGAUUAUUUAGUCAGCUUUUUUAAUUUUAAAUUACUUUUGUCA